AGACCUGCUACGACAACGGCCGCUACUACCAGAUCAACCAGCAGUGGGAGCGCAUCUACCUGGGGAACACGCUCGUCUGUACCUGCUACGGCGGGAGCAGGGGCUUCAACUGCGAGAGCAAGCCCGAGCCUGAAGAAACUUGCUUUGACAAAUACACUGGAUCCACCUACCGAGUAGGGGAGACAUAUGAGCGCCCCAAGGAUUCCAUGAUCUGGGACUGUACUUGCAUUGGAGCUGGACGUGGGAGAAUCAGCUGCACCAUUGCCAACCGCUGCCAUGAGGGCGGCCAGUCCUACAAGAUCGGCGAUACCUGGCGGCGGCCCCACGAGACGGGCGGCUACAUGCUGGAGUGCGUCUGCCUGGGCAACGGCAAGGGCGAGUGGACUUGCAAGCCCGUCGCCGAGCGCUGCUACGACAACGCGGCCGGGACGUCCUACGUGGUGGGCGAGACCUGGGAGAAGCCCUACCAGGGCUGGAUGAUGGUGGACUGCACCUGCCUGGGCGAGGGCAGCGGCCGCAUCACCUGCACCUCCAGAAAUAGGUGCAAUGACCAUGACACCAAGACUUCCUACAGAAUUGGAGACACCUGGAGCAAGAAGGAUAAUCGUGGAAAUUUGCUUCAGUGCAUCUGUACUGGUAAUGGCAGAGGUGAAUGGAAGUGUGAGAGACAUACAUCCCUGCACACUACUAGCACUGGUUCUGGCUCUCCGAGCUUUACAAAUUUGCAGACUGCUUUGUACCAGCCACAACCUCAACAGCCCCAGCCUCAGCCAUAUGGUCAGUGCAUCACAGAUAACGGAGUGGUCUACACCGUGGGGAUGCAGUGGCUCAAGACACAGGGAAGCCAGCAAAUGCUCUGCACCUGCCUGGGCAAUGGAGUCAGCUGCCGGGAAAUAGCUGCAACUCAGACAUAUGGUGGCAAUUCUGAUGGAGAAGCCUGUGUUUUGCCUUUCACCUAUGAUGGGAGGACUUUCUACUCCUGCACCACUGAAGGCCGUACAGAUGGGCACCUCUGGUGCAGCACCACCUCCAACUUUGAGCAAGACAGGAGAUACUCCUUCUGUACAGAGCAGAAUGUUUUGGUCCAGACACGGGGUGGCAACUCCAAUGGUGCAUUGUGCCACUUCCCUUUCCUGUAUAACAACCGCAACUACACUGAUUGUACUUCUGAGGGACGGAGAGACAACAUGAAGUGGUGUGGAACCACCGAGAACUAUGAUGCUGACCAGAAAUUUGGUUUCUGCCCCAUGGCUGGUAAGACCAUAAAUAGAUUAUGGAGUAUUUAUAAGGAGUCGUGA